CGUUCAUUUGCGGAAGUGCGGAUCUAGGUUUUAAACAAGAACGCAACAACAAAGGGCAUUGCAUUGGAAAGUCGUGGAAAUACGAUAUCUAUCGCCAAGGCAUACCUAUUCAGUUGGCUGCUCCAAACUUCACGCUCACACCAUGGCUGCGGCGGAACCAGUCUACAGUCCAACAACAGUUUCAGAGACCAAAUCCAAAAAGUGGUUAAUUGUACCAACAGAUAAUUUGGAUAAAGUCAGAUGUUUGAUAAAGGUGGUGGAAGUGCUCCUGUCGUUUGUGGCCUUCAUUCUUGAAGAGGUAGUGACGAACUGUAUGAGCUGCUCUCCGCUGUACUUCUUUGAGUUUGUCAGCUGCACAGCCUUCCUCUUCACAGCUCUCCUCCUCAUCCUCCUCGCUACCACCCUGCACAAGAGAGUGGGCAUCAGCUGCUGGCCCUCCGUGGACUUUGUGUACACAGCUUUGAUGGCUGCAUUCUUCCUCAUCGCCUCCAUUGUGUUUGCCUCAGAUAAUGGUGGAACUGACCUGGAGAAUGCUGCUGUGGCAUUUGGCUUCCUGGCCACUGUGGCAUUCCUGGUGGAUGCUGGCUGGUUUGUGAAGACCAGGGGUUUUCCUUUUAAAAAGACCAACCAGCAAGCCGCGAGCAACGGCGGGGCCCCCGUGGCAGAGGCCGAGAAACUCAACAGGGAACAGAACGAAGCAGACUAGGCCCAAGGAUACCUAACGAGUGUAACACUGGUAUCUCUUUCUCCCACAUUUACACACUCAAACAAGCAACACAUGAAGACUAUCAGAGGGUCACCUUAUAUCUGCUUAAAGGAAGGAAAGAAAUCUCCAGUAGUUUUAACAUCUUAUUCAGAGCUUUUAUUCUCAGCAGUGGGACCAUUUUUGUAGGAGACAUGGUCUGUGUUGUAUACAUUCUGUUUCCUUGGACCAUGGACCUGCUUGGAAUGGGACAACUCAUUGAUAAAAAUAGACCAAGGCUCUCCAACCCUGUUCCUGGAGAUCUAUCCUCCUGUAGCUUUUCACUCCAACCCUGUUCCUGGAGAUCUAUCCUCCUGUAGCUUUUCACUCCAACCCUGUUCCUGGAGAGCUAUCCUCUUGUAGCUUUUCACUCCAACCCUGUUCCUGGAGAGCUAUCCUCCUGUAGUAGCUUUUCACUCCAACCCUGUUCCUGGAGAGCUAUCCUCCUGUAAGUUUUCACUCCAACCCCAGUUGUAACUAAUCUGGUUCAGUUUAUAACUAUGUAAUUAUUAGAAUCAGGUGUGUUAGAUUAGGGUUGGAGUGUGAACCUACAGGAGGGUAGCUCUCCAGGAACGGGGUUGGAGUGAACCUACAGGAGGGUAGCUCUCCAGGAACGGGGUUGGAGUGAACCUACAGGAGGGUAGCUCUCCAGGAACGGGGUUGGAGUGAACCUACAGGAGGGUAGCUCUCCAGGAACGGGGUUGGAGUGAACCUACAGGAGGGUAGCUCUCCAGGAACAGGGUUGGAGAGUCCUGGAAUAGACUAUUGUGAGAUUAAGAUCACUGUAUUGCCUUACCACUGACUGUCAUUCCUGCAUUUCUCAGUGUUACUGGGAUGAGCACAUAUCUGUACUUGCAAUUGCAUCUUAUCAAGAUGGCUCGAGCUAUGCAAAAUGAGGUAUCCAAUCUCUCUCUAAAAAAUGGUUUGGGAGUUGAAGAACAAUAUUUAUCCAGUUAUUUCGUCAAACCCAACACUUUCAUAUCCAUUUCGGAAAGUACAGUUACAUUAUUUAACUGGAAGAAAUCGUUUUAAAAGUCAACCAUUUAUUAGCCAGUUAAGGAAUGACAAUAUGAUUAAAUUCAAACUCUUUAGGGAACAGUAAAGCCAGAAACGUUUCUACAGAAAUAUGAUAUAUAUGUUUUAAUGGGCCCCUAUGUCUGUCAUUUUAUUUUAGACCUAUUUCUCAGAAGUCAUUGAUUUCUAUGGUUUUAAAAUUUCAGUCCAUGCAAGCAAUCUCCCCAGUAUUUCUAUAUGAGGCCAACUCCACGUUCCUUAUUGGUGUUCAUACCAUAUAGAUUCAUUUUAAAUAUGGCAAUCAAUGAAACUGACUAUAUCUGUAAUGUUUUUAAAUGCUUUUUCAAUCACA